GUGCAGCAAAACCUUCACGUACAAAUCCAACAAAUCAAAGAAAAAAAGUUAUCUGUAAUUGCAACAAGUGUAAUAGGUCACUUGUCGAUUAUAGAACGAAAGAUGCCUAUAAAAAUAAAGUACAACAAUCGCCAAAAAGGCAAAGUUUGGAUUUGUCUUUUUACAAACUCACGUUAUUAUUACAAGAACAAUCAGAAGGUUCACGUUCUUUACAAAAUAUCACAGAAGUUAAAAUCUCUGACACUCUAGCGUCUGUUCAAAAACAUAACUUUUUAAAAAGUAGUACAGAAUCUGGUGAAAAUUUGGGUAAUAACAAUGUUUUUGAAGACUAUUCGGCCUCUGAUUUUGAUUCUGAAAUGUCACCAGAGUCAUAG